CUUGCUCCCAACACCCACCAUCGCCCUACCCGUCUUGAGCGAUGGUCUACCAGCCCCGACAACAGUACCACUUGUUCUCGCUUCCUGCUGAGCUGCUCGCUAGCCUCACGCCGCGAACUCUGAUCAAUCAACCUUCAGUGCAAGAACCGACUCCCCCGCCUACUCCCCCUCCCACAGUCACCGAUAACUCCUCCCGAGCAUGCAACAUAUGUCUUGCAGCAUCCUUCGCCAACGUCGACGAUCAGCGAGCGCACUUUCGAUCCGAUUGGCAUCGAUACAACGUAAAAGCGCGUCUAAACGGAAGCAAGGCUGUCUCUGAGGCAGAAUUUGCGUCUAUGCUCGAUCGCUUGGAAGACUCGCUAUCUGGGUCUGAAUCCUCAUCGGACGGUGAAGGCUCUGAAUCAGACGCGGUCAACACUCUCGUGAACAGGACGAAACGCCUUCAUACGAGACCCGAAUCUCCGUCAGACGAUACCCCCACUGCCCCGCGCCAGGCUAUCACUUGGUUCCAUUCCCCUCCAUCCACGCAAAUAGGCGUCUACCGAGCAAUAUUCGCCGCCAAGGACGACACCCCCUCCGCACAACUAGAUGAACUAAAGGAACUUCAAGUCUCCCCAUCAGAAGGCCGCCGAUGGGCCAUGUUCAUGGUCGCAGGGGGUCACUUCGCCGCCGCCAUCGUGCGCGUCAGCUCCCCGCCGGAGGACGAGGAAGCGGAAGACGCUACCGCAAGGAAGAAAAAGAAGCUCAAGCAGCCAAAGCCGGACACGGAGGUGCUCAGGCAUAAGACGUUCCACCGUUACACUACACGCAGGAAGCAGGGUGGCUCGCAAAGCCUGAAUGACAAUGCCAAGUCGAAAGCAGUCAGUGCCGGUGCGAUGCUACGUCGAUACGGCGAGCAGGCUCUACGCGACGAUAUCCGUGGUCUCAUCGACGAGUGGGCAGAAGACAUCGCUGCCUGCGAGCGCAUCUGGAUCCGCGCCUCUACGUCCAAUCGCAAGAUCUUCCUCGACUAUGAGGGCGCACUUAUCGACAAGGGAGAUGCUCGCCUCCGCACCUUCCCCUUUCCAACUCGCCGCCCCACACAGGCAGAGAUUGCCCGCUGCCUUCAGGAGCUCGUUCGCGUCAAGAUCUCCCACUUCACCGAAGAAGAGCUCCAGGCGCAAGACGAAGCAGCCCGCCCUAAGCCCCGGCCAGUCGCACAAGCACCCAUCGCCCCACCACCCGCCGAGAAACCCAAAGCGCCGAAGCUCUCCUCCGAAGAGGAGGCCCUCCGCGACAAGUGGGCCCGCCUCCUCGACAUGGUCACCCGCGGGCGCCUCGAGCCGCUGCAAUCCUUCUUCGCUCGCGAGGGCGUCGCCCUCGGUGGCCCCGACGCACCCAUCCCCGCCUGGGCCCCCGAGUCGCGCACCGCGCGCACGCUGCUGCAGCUCGCCACGCGCGAGGGCCAGGUCGACGUCGUGCGCUGGCUGCUCGAGGGCGCGGGCGCGGACCCCACCGUCCCCGACGCCGACAACCGCACGGCAUACGACCUCGCGCGCACGCGCGAGGUGCGCGACGUCUUCCGCCGCGCGGCGGGGGACAUGCCCGAGCGGUGGGACUGGCUGGGCGCGGGGCACGUGCCGAGCGCGCUGACGCGGGACGCGGAGGACGCGCGGGAGGAGAAGAAGAAGAUGCGGCGGAAGGGGCUGAAGGAGAAGAUCAAGGAGCGGGAGGCGCGGGAGAAGGAGAGGGGCGGGACGCCGGAGCCUGAGCCUGAGCCUGAUCGGGUGGUGGAGCCUGUGCGUGCUGAGCCGAAGGCGGGACCACGGAAGCUGGGUGGAACGGCGGGUGCGGUUGAGGGAGUAGCUGGGUUAACGCCGGAGAUGCGCGCCAAGGUCGAGCGCGAACGAAGGGCUAGGGCAGCAGAGGCGCGACUGAAAGGCAUAGCAGGUCGAUAGACAGUCUUCAAAUUGAAGUCGAGCAUCAAUGCAUGCUAUGGCCUGAAACCUGCCCGCAGGUAUCAGGAGCAAACCAGUCAAUCAGAAUUUCCUGAAUACCGUGACGGGCUUAUGGAUGAGGUAUUCGAUCCCACCAGCACUGUACCCUUCAUCAAGACGCGGUCGUGCUUUCUCCUGCAGCUCCGCGAGCGUCGUGCGCGUCAGCUCCAUGCGCGCAGAGCUCCCGCUUGAGCUGAUUGAUGCAAAGACGGGAAUGAUGUCCUCAUUCUCUGCCGCCAGCUCGCCUCGCCGCGCGUUGACGAUGGCCUUUGGGACAACGUCCUUAACGUUGAUGACGAGCUCGACCGCGGGGC